AUGAGAAUCAAUGACGAUGAGAAACAUGUUACAGGUGAUCGCGUAGCAAUUGAACCUGGUGUGCCAUGUCGAAAAUGUGAUUUCUGCAAACGAGGGCGAUACAAUUUGUGUCACGAUAUGGAAUUUUUUGCCCUUCCGCCAACAGAUGGUGCACUGAGACGCUUCGUCGCCAUCGAUGCUGAUUACUGUUUUAAGUUAGUACUUCUUAUCGAGAACGGAAAGAAAGGAAAUUUGCAGAAAUGA